AUGAUCGACAUCUCGGAGAUCCCCGCGCGACCUGAGCAGCUAACGACCAAGUUCCUGCAGCAAAUUCUAUCAACUUCUUUUCCAGCGCACCAAGUGGUCGAUUUCGAAUGGAAACCUAUGAAUAUUGGCGUGAUUGCACAAGUGGUGACCAUCGCCGUGGAGUUUGAAUACCGUGAUGGCUACAGUGCUGUAACACGGAUCAAACGACGCUUUGUGGGCAAGUUCCUGCGGCCCGAGUUCCCGUUCGAGUCCAUGUUUAUCGUAGAGUCUAAUUUCUAUGCCGAGUUCAUGAAGAAAGCACGCGACACGGCAGAUGGCCACCCAGCGGCCUUUGCCGAAUUCCCGUUCGCCAUUCCAAGAGCAAUUUAUACGUCCAAUGUGCUGAUUGUGAUGGAGUGUGUCGAGUCCGUGAAGACCUUUACGUGUGUGGAAGGAAGUCCGCCGCAGUAUAUACCCAUGUUGGUAACGAAGCUCGCUCAGAUGCAUACUCGCUUUUGGGAUCAUGACUGUGACGGGCUCGCAACACCGGCAGGAAUAGGCAGCCAGCUGACUGGUGAAGAGAAACGUUUGCGAUUCCCAGGUUGCUGGAAGGAGUUCGUUGAUGACAUCUCGCUCGAAAGCAGCGAAAAAGCUCAGCUGAUAUCAUUGUGUCAUCGAUUGAGCGAAAAGACCGACAUACUCGAAGCGUUGCACAAUGCGGUCGACCAUGGACCCUCUUCGUUAAUUCACGGUGACUGCCAUAUUGCCAAUAUGCUUGUCCCAGCGACUGGUUCUAACGAGGUCACGUGGCUCCUGGAUUGGGCGACGUGUGGAAAGGGCAAUCCACUGCGUGACCUUGCCUUCUUCUUCAUUGUGAGUGUGCGUGCGGAUCAUCGUCGAGAACAAGAAGACGAGUGCUUAAAGGUGUAUCACAAGGCACUUGAGACUGAAGCAGGUGCUGGGCGUUUGUCGCUGGAGGAGCUGCUUCGCUAUUACAAAAUGUGCGUGCUCAAUCAGUUCUUAAUCUUGGUCGUCUAUAACAGACUAAGCAAGAGUCUCGCGGCCAAGGCGACGACCCAGAAACUUUGCAUGGACCUGGACAACCAUUUCCGAGAAGUGAAUCGUCGCGCGUGCUUGAGUGUUUUGGACAACUGCAAAGAGAAGGAACUCGAGCGUCUGGAAGCUUGGUGUGCAUAA